AUGAAAAAUUGCACUCUCCUCAAAUAAUUAGAACUAAGUACACACAUUCACAUCUUAGAUCUCAUUAAUAAGACUUCAUCUAAACAUCAUCUAUCUGACUUAUAAACUCAAUAGAUAUAAUAGUAUUACAAACAACCAUCUUCCAUAAACACAUUUCUAGAAUUGUAUUCCCUAAGUUAAUUGCGUUGUGAUUGUGUUAAAUACUUAUAAAUUGUAGAUGAAAUCAAUGAUUAGAUUCAUGCUUACUUUUAGACUUAAACAACUUUAAUCUAAAAGAUUAUUGCAUAAGAAAGGAAACCAUAAUCAGAACCUGAACCUAUGCAAAUUGAAGAUGAUGAAGAAUAGAUUAAUAACAAUAAUAAUCCAGAUGAUCCAAUAUAGUAAGAAGAUCCUCAAUUAUAAUAACCAUCACAAUAAACUAAUAUUCCUUGUUCCUAAUAAUAACCUAUUAAUACAUAAUAAACUACUUAACCAUCUUAAACUAUUGAAGAUGAAAUUUGCAUUCCCAAUUCUGUUAAAUUAAAGUAUAGAAGAAUAAAUACAGGACCAUCUGAAAAGGAAGCCAAAUGUGAAUAUUGUGUAUGUCAAGGAAAACCACCAACUGAAUAAGACAAUUUAAUACAAUGCCUUUUAUGCUUAAAUUAUUUGCAUUUCAACUGUAUUUCCAAAUCUAAAGAAUCCUUUGAUAAAUGUUACAAAGAUAUGGAAUUUGUAUGUCCACCUUGUGUACUUAAGUAUAUGGAUCAUUUUAACAAAAUAUAAAAUUCUUUAGUUCCACCUUCUCCUUUUCAAUAAAUUGGUUAAAUUAAUCAUAAAGCAUUUAAUUUCCCUUGUGAUCAAACUAUUAUCAAUAUUAGAUGUGUAAGAUAAGAAAAUAAAAUCAAUUGUGAAGAAAUCACUUGGCCUGAUAUAGGAGAACUAUUUUUAAAUUAAAAGAAAAUCUAAGAUUUCAAACCACUCAUUAAUAAUCAUAGUCUUAAAAAAAGAAAAGAUGAUCAUAUCCUUACUACUGAAGUAUUACCAUAAAAUUGUUUAUAAAUCAAAGAAUGCAUACCCACACCUGAUUAAAGAAGUCAAUAUAGAAUAUCCUUAGGUCACUUAUAUUUUCUAGGUGUUUAUUCAAUAGAGUAAUUUAAUGCAAAGUAAUUAUUAGACAAUAUAAUUAAUCAAAGUGAAAAUUGGAUGAAUAUUGAAUAAUGUUAGGAUUUCAUCUCUCUUUAUUUGAAUAAACAUCAAGCAGAUGAUAUUAAAGUAGAUAGUAUCACUGUCUAAUUGACAUGUGCAAUAACAUUUAAUUUAAUGAAUACACCAAUAAGAGGAUCUCUAUGUUAACAUAUAUAAUGUUUUGGAUUAGAAAACUAUAUUACAGCCAUGUAUUCUAUGUAACCUAGAAAAUGGAGAUGUCCCUUAUGUAAAAAGAAACUCUUUACUAUUUAGAUUGAUGCAUAUUAAUAUGCAAUCUUAAAUACAAUCAAAAAAUUUGAUAUUUAAGUUAAUGAAAUCACUUUCGACAAUAAUGGAUAAAUAGUAAAUGAAAAUAUUCAAAAAUUACUAAAUUUAGAUAAUCUACCUAAUUAUGCAAUUAAGAAUAAUAAUCGUAUGAUUAAUUUAGAGAUGUUAUCUAAUGAAACAAAUAAUAUCUUUUAUAAAUUGUAAAUAGUCAAAACUAAAGAGUCUGUUAAUACAUCACCAUAUUCAAACACUUUAUAAAAUGUAAUAAAUAAUAUGAUGUUAUCAUCUAAUCAACAUCUAAGAACCAAUAGUUAUGCUAAUUUCUAUGCUAAUAAUUAUUAUAUAAAUCAAAUGAAAUUACAAUAAUAAGCAAGAAUGGAAGAAUAAUAAAAAUUUCAAUAAAACAAAUCAAAAAUAGGAUAAAAUCAUGACUCAGCCAUUAUUAUAGAAUGA